AAGAAAUUUAUUUUUCCAUGAUUACGACCUAUAGAAAUUAAUCAUAUCGGGGAUUUACCUAAACUUAAAUGCAAACGUAAUUGUAUUUGCAUCAACUCUCCAAUAAUAUCAGUCAUCACUGCUAUAUAAUAAGCAGAGUUCCCACAUAUCAUUUAUAGCAAAAAUGAUAUCUGAAGUUGGCUAUAGUAUCUCACUAACAAUCAUGUCAUUCUGGUCAUGGUGGUGGGAUGCCCAAACCAAUCUAGACCAGCUUGCUUGCACCAUUCUCACCAUUUCUGUUCCAACACUAGUAAUUCUAUGGUACAAAUGGAUGGGCACAACUCCUUUGCCGCCAGGUCCUUACGGCUUACCAUUUGUAGGUUACCUCCCAUUUCUCGGCAACAACAUACACGAAAGAUUCACCGUGAUGGCUCACAAAUACGGUCCCAUUUUCAGCUUGCGGCUUGGGACUAAGCUUCAUGUUGUAGUGAACUCUAUGGACCUAGUAAAGGUUGUGACUCGUGACAUGGACCAGACGUUUGCUAACCGCUGCCCUCCACAAACAGCCUUGGCCAUCACUUACGGUGGGUCUGAUGUCGCAUGGUCCAACAACAAUGCACACUGGCGCCACAUGCGCAAGCUUUUAGUCAGCCAAGUGCUCAGCCACCCGAAUCUAAAAGCUAGUCAGGGUUUUAGAAAACAAGAAGUGAGAAAGACGGUAAACGAAGUUUACACCAAGAUUGGGACAAAAGUAGAUAUUAACAAAAUUGCUUUCGAUACCGUGGUUAAUUUUGUGACAAGUAUGUUAUGGGGUUGUAGCAAAUCUGGUGAAGGGAAGGAUUCUAGCUAUAUAGGAGACGGGUUUAGAGAAGUUGAGUUUAAGAUUAUUGAGUUAGUAGGAGCUCCUAACAUCUCUGAUUUUAUCCCCAUGUUAUCAAGGUUUGAUCUACAAGGGAGACUGAGAGAUAUGCAGAGGCAAUUGGAAUUUGUUGAUAGUAUCUUUGACAAUAUUAUUGAAGGUAGAAUCAAAGAGAAUUCGGGCAAAAUCGAGGGAAAAGUUAGGGAAGACGGAAGGAAAGAUAUUCUGCAGAUCUUACUAGAGCUUAAAGACCAGAAAGAUGCUCCAAUGUUACUUGACAUCACUCUAAUCAAGGCCUUGCUAAUGGACAUAGUAGUUGCAGCAACAGACACCACAUCAACAAUGGUUGAAUGGGUGAUGGCAGAGAUUUUGCACAAUCCAAGUGUAAUGAAAAAGGUUCAGGAUGAAUUAACAGAAGUAAUUGGUAUGAAUAAUAUUGUGGAAGAAUAUCAUCUGUCCAAGUUGACAUAUUUGGAUGCAGUGAUCAAGGAGACAUUCAGGCUACACCCUCCACUUCCUCUUCUAAUCCAACGAAGCCCAGAUAAAUCUUGCGUGGUAGCGGGAUAUAACAUUCCAAAGGGUUGUAUCGUCUAUGUGAAUGUUUGGGCCAUUCACCGAGAUCCCAAGAACUGGACCAAUCCUUCGGAGUUCAAGCCUGAGAGGUUUUUGAACAAUAACUGGGACUACAAUGGAAAAAAUGUAAAAUUUAUACCAUUUGGAUCAGGGAGAAGAAUAUGCCCAGGAAUCACCCUUGGGGAGAAGAUGACGGUGUAUAUAUUAGCGUCCCUCUUGCACUCUUUCGAUUGGAGGUUACAUAAAGAUGAAGAAUUCGAGCUUUCUGAUGAGUUUGGAUUUGUCACAAAGAAACGGAAGCCACUAAUAAUUGUACCAUCUAAAAGGUUAUCUGAUGCAAGCCUCUACUCGUGUUAGAAAAUAAGUUGUUUGCUAAAUAAGAUAUUCAUGUUUCUUUCCUUUGUACUUGGUAAGUGGAGAUUCUUCCACCACUCUGAACUGUUAGUUUUUGUCCUCAGAUGUUCUUCCCACUGUUUGUAACAGACUUUUAAUAGUGUUUUAUUAUAACGCCUAGUGUAAAUCUAUUAUA